AUGUCGCCGGUCCUUGAAUUUAAGAGCUGGACCACUCCAGUACUAGUUGGUCUUGGACUAAUUGCAGUCGGUUUAGUGGGUCGUCAAUUGACUAGACAAGUGAAAGGAAAGCAAGUGCAAGACUUAAUACGCCUAGCUGGCUUUACAACUUCAAAAUACUAUAAAGGUGGAUUUGAACGUAAGAUGUCCCGUCGCGAAGCCGCCUUGAUCCUAGGUGUUCCGCAGUCAGCAAGCAAGUCCAAAAUCCGAGAGUCUUAUAAGAGGAUAAUGCUUCUGAAUCAUCCGGAUCGAGGAGGGUCACCCUAUCUAGCAGCGAAAAUCAAUGAAGCAAAGGACUAUCUCGAAAAUGAAAAGUGA